ACACAAUUUCAUUUAGUUCACAACGGAAAGUUCUAAGCGCCGGUAGUUGCCAAUAAGUGCACGCAGAAAACAAAAAUACUGUUAACGUUAAAAAUUGAAAGCAACACCAAUACCACGAACCCAAAGAAAAUCAAAGUGAAAGGACAAAUUAUAUCAAUAAAAGUAUAUUUCUUUACGUGGCUGACGAAGAAUUUGCCUCCAAGUUUAAUUGAUUUUGGAGCAUUGAAACCGUAGGGAAAACUGCAAACAACACCCCACUACAUGAGAAGUGGAAGACCUACCCUUAAGACGGGAAAACGUAAAACUUCCACAGAGUUGUCAACAGAUCAGAAGAAACGUCUGUAUUAGGAACAGCUCGGAAAGGUGUCGAAAAACAGGUUUUGCUGUUAUUGACCUCUUCAACUGUUGAUGGCUGCCACCAAAAUUAUUGAUGCGCCUCGGAAUGGCCAUGAAAUGGCGCCCUUGAACACAAGGGCGCGUGGAGACGGAUCACAUGGUGUGACAAUUGUCUUAACAGCGCCCCAGAGAAACUCUGUAAGUUCUGUGGAGAUUCCUGGAGAUCCCGAACGAGCAGCAUGGUCUGGCAAAAUGCAAUUCUUUCUUAGUAUCAUUGGUUACUCCGUAGGUCUGGGAAAUAUAUGGCGAUUUCCUUAUCUAUGCCAACAAAACGGUGGAGGUGCUUUUCUUAUUCCAUUUAUGAUUAUGUUGAUAUUGGAAGGCAUACCACUAUUCCUGAUUGAGUUGGGCAUAGGACAGCGCAUGCGUCUUGGGGCUUUGGGUGUUUGGAACACCAUUCACCCCUGGCUUGGUGGUAUAGGUAUUUCAUCGUGUAUUGUGACACUGUUUGUGGCGCUCUAUUAUAAUGUGAUUAUUACGUGGGUCUUUUUCUAUUUAUUCAACAGUUUUCGGUAUCCCCUGCCAUGGUCAUCAUGUCCCACUAACGAGACGGGAGCUGUGAUAGAAGAAUGUGCGCUGUCAUCGGAAACGGCGUAUUUUUGGUAUCGCACAACUUUAGAUGCAGCUCCAUCCAUGGAAGAACCUGGCGGCCUUAAGUGGUGGAUUGUGCUGUGUCUUUUACUGUCGUGGACAAUUGUGUUCUUUAUUGUGAUGAAGGGUAUCCAGAGUUCCGGUAAAGUGGUGUAUUUUACUUCACUUUUUCCCUACAUUGUCCUGACAAUCUUCUUCAUUCGUGGCAUCACAUUACCGGGUGCUAGUGCGGGCCUAAUGCACAUGUACACACCUAAAGUCGAAAAACUUGGCGAUCCUACUGUGUGGCUAGAUGCCGCCACACAAGUAUUCUAUUCGUUUGGCCUUGCAUUUGGCUCCUUGAUUGCUUUCGGUAGCUACAACACCCCUAAAAACAAUUGCGUCCGUGACGUGUUACUCGUCUCCGUUUGUAAUGCCAUAACAGCUAUCUAUGCCAGCGUUGUAAUAUUUGCCAUUCUCGGCUUCAAGGCGACAGCUAAUGUGGACCGAUGCAUCGAGCAAAACAAAGAUAUUCUUUAUAAACAUUCAAUGAUAAUUUCUCCAAAUGUGACUAUGGAGCAGUACGAAGCAGCAAUGGAAGGCGCCAAUAUGACUGACACUAAGCUUGGUUUGAGUGUCUGCAGCUUGUCCAAGGAGCUGGAUAAUGCGGCCGAGGGCACAGGUUUGGCGUUCAUCGUCUUUACGCAGGCUAUUGUGGAGUUGCCUGGUGCACCAUUCUGGGCUGUUCUUUUCUUCACUAUGCUGUUGUCACUGGGACUGGGCUCCCAGAUUGGCAUACUUGAAGGCAUGCUGUGCACGUUGUUUGACAUCGAUAUUAUUAAGCGGGUUAAGAAACAACAUGUUACUGGAGUGGUUUGUCUCUUCUGCUUCAUUGUCGGUUUCAUCUUCUGUACAGGUGCAGGCGAGUAUUGGCUUAAGAUGUUUGACUCCUUCGCCGGUACAAUUGGUCUUGUUGUGGUUGCUUUAAUGGAAAUGAUCGCUGUGGUGUACAUUUACGGUCAUGAAAGAUUCACUGAAGAUAUCUAUCAAAUGACUGGGUACCGUCCCGGAUGGUAUUGGCAAUUGACUUGGCGAUAUAUUGGGCCUGUGAUCAUGGUGGGUAUUUUGGCAUCGUCCAUCAUAUUCAUGAUCAUUAAAAAUCCUACGUAUAAUGCAUGGAAUGCCGACACUGGUUCAGUUCAACAAAAGGAUUAUCCUCCAUGGGUUAUGGGCAUUGCUCUAACUAUGAUAUUAGCUGGAGUCUUGCCAAUGCCAAUCGUGUUCCUGAUGCGUAGCUUCCAAUGCCUUAAAGUUGACUUGGACAUACACCAAGGGUCGAUUCGCAGAAACGAAACGACGGCAUCUACCAAGGAAAUGAUCGACAAUGACGACGAUGACGACGAGGACGAUUUCAGUGGUCCGGCCUUGGGAGGCCACGUUAAAACACAUAGUGAUGCAUCUGAUGACGACGAAGACGAUAAACCAGUCACAAUGCGCAGUACAAUGCUCCGCAUCUCCGGAAAUCAUCUUGAUGUGCCAUCAAGCAGAAAGUCCUUUAAAAUGGAGGUCUUUGAUCUGUAGAUGCCCCUAAUGCAAUCUCUACUCCUCUACCCUAUAUUUGACUAUCUCUCCCUGCCCUGAACCAAAAGCAACAUUCUCGGUGAACUAUAUAAAAUAGAAAAAAAAACAAUUUACCAGUCUCUCAUAACCUCAUUCUGACAUCUAUGCAAACACACACAAACAUAUAUAGUAAAUAAGUUAAGGACGCGAGCGUUAGUCCUUGUAAAUGAAUUAUCGACAACUAAUUGAAAUUUAAAGUAUUUGUAAAGUACAGAUCUAUGUAGACCUUAGCCUAGAAGUAGUUUUUAAGUCUUAGAUACAAACAUCCCCACAUGGGACAUACGAACCCUUAAUUAAAAGCACACUUAAAGUUCUAUCAAACGACAGUUUUCCAUGAGAAGGUGGUGUCAAAGGUUUUCAACACUGGAUUUUGUACACAUUAUUAGCUUAGCAUAAGACACAUUGCAUGUGUAAAAUGGAUAUGGGAAUAAAUAUGGUUAAAUAAUAUAUGUCGAUUAGAGCGCGCUCUAUUCUUGUCUGACAGACAUAGGAAAAAUCAUAAUUUAAAAAAUUUCUAAAAAUAUGUUAUUUGUCAUACUUGCUAAGAGAAUUGUUCCAAAAGGACAUUGUGUAUCCAAAAAAAUUGUUACCAAAACCAACAACAAAUGAAAAAAUUUGUUAAAAAGUUUACUAUGCGUCAACAUUUUUGACCACCGCUCUAUGUAAAUCACAUGUCGUCUGAAAGUAUCUUUAGACAUGCCAAUGAAUGAAGUUUUUUAGUUUGAGACGAAACUAAACUCUAAGAACUUUCGAUUGAAAUCCCAACAAAGAAUUUUACAGUAUUUUUGUUUUUUUUUUUAUUUGUUGUUGCAUUUUGUUUUGUUAACUCGUACUUGUUUCGGUUAACGAUUGUCGCUUUAUAGGUUGAAACAUCUAGAACGCAAUUCCACAGAGUUAAACUCGAUAAUUUUACACAAAUACUUAUUUAAGUUGACCUCCGGCUGGGGAAAUAAAUACCUCCUUUUGAAUUAAGAAAUAAUAAUAUUGUAAUAAAAAGCCUAUAAAUAGUUAUGUUUAUAGUAUGUGCGAGAUGAAUUUGUGAACUUGUUUGUUUCUUUUAAAAUAACGAAAUAAAUAGAAAUUCCAUGGAAAUGGUAUACUGAAUAUUUUGAAAAGAUUUGUAAUCGAAAAUAUGAGAGUUGAAGAAAGCAAUAUGUAGGACUUUUUUAUACUUUCAAAUAUAUGCUCGGAUUUACAGAGUAGCCGCUUAUGCUGUUGCUUUAAACUUUAAAAUGGGUAUAGACAGAAGUAUCAUUGAGACUCACUUUCACUAUGCCAUUCAGCUAAAGUCCCUAUCACUCUAUAUGUUUUUGUCUUAUGACAUAUCGAAUUAUGCAUUUGUUAAAGUUGUACACAUAAUGUGAUACGAAUGAAACUAACAUAUAACAACCACAUUUCAAAAUGACACAUGUUAUUGCUUCGAUUAGAGCGUGCCCUGUUUCUUCUGACAAAACACAAAGAAAUCAGCUCUUCUUGUUGUCGGUCGGAUGAAAGCAAACCCAAAUUAUAUUGUUUUCACAACUUUAUGAUUCGACCAGCUUUCUUGCAACUUAAAAAAUGUUUAAACAUUAAAAAAUCAGCUUUGUUUACAUAUUUAGGUUGUGUCAUACGAAAAUAGUGUGAUAGUAAAAUUUAUGUAAAUUAGCCAUUUUGACAUACAUGAUAAAUUACUUGAAGACAGAAAAAGUGGCAUGUCAUAAGACAAAAAAUAUAGAUAGAGUGAUGGGAAAAUUUUGUUCUGUUGUACGAAGGCAUAAGAAAUUGCUUGCUCUAAAUUCGGACUAUGGUUUAGCACUCACAUACAUAACCAUUAGACUCAGUUUUUUUCACUUUGCCUUUCUCAGGCGCAUGACGUUCUACCACCAUAAACAGUUCUCCCAAUAAAAUAAUUAACCCUGCUCACUUUUAUCUAAAAUUUGAUUAGAUUGCUAACAUUUAAGGGGACACAACGUGACAAUGCAUGUGUAAAUCUGUAUACAAUUUGUAAGAGUAUGUCUAUAUUUUGCAGCGACUCUGAUCAAUAUUUUAUGAGUUCCAAACAGUAUUUCAGAAGAUAUUUUCCCCCUAAUCAAAGAGGAUUGUUUAAUGGUAUGUUUGGGGUAAAAAAAGUUAUUGUAAAUUUUUGCUUACCAUUGGAGCAAAAUUGUUAAAAUGUUUUUCUUAUUAUGCAAUCAGCAAUUUGUACCCACCACAAUUGGAUAGUGACUUGUAAUUCAGUUUGAAACACUGUUAAAUAUUCCGUUCCCAUAAAUUGCAUGUAUUCUACAUCGUCGUAAAAUACGAUAAUGAUAUAACCGUGUCCAAUCUAUUUAUUACCUUAAAAAUGAUUAAUAUACGUGACACGAAAUAUCACAAAAUUUGUUUUCAUCUGAUGCAUAUAUUCCCAUUCCCAACUUGUAACGGGCGUCAGGGAGUAUCUUUGUUCUAAGAUCACAAAGGAAAUCUGAUUUGGGUCUUAUUUUUCGUAAAAAAAAUUGAAUUGACAAAUGUAUAUCAAAGCAUAUUUUGAUAUAGUAAAGCGCUAUAUAGACCGACCUCUAUAUAUAUACAAUACAUAUAGUCGGGUCAUGAAGGGCUCAUUUUUUAUCCGUUUUCGCUAAAGUUGGAGAAUUGAAUUGUACUAGACUUCUCUGCUACCUUGGCGAAUAUGGUUCUGAGGGGUUUGUGGUUAGAUUUAGGAGCUAGAGUGUUGAUCUAAGGCAGCCGAGUUGGUUUCAUGCUCGGAUUGCCAGAGCGGGAGUCGGGUGUUCAAUUCCCACCAGAGGCCUUGGUCUGUCGCUAUUGUGAUAUCACAAUUGACUUAAAAUUGUCUAAGUGAAUCUGUAAAAAGAAUUCCGCUCUUACCUAACCUACGUUGAUCUGUCUUCUGAACAAAUUUCUUGAAGUCAUUCUGAAGUCAUUUCCGUCCUUCAAACAUUACAUCACCAGAGAAAACUUGAUAUCAAACAUGCUCAUUUCAGUACCAUACGGUAUUGAUAGUAAAGUAACACAGUAUGGUAUCAAAGUAAUAACGCAUGGUACGGAUAAAAUAUAAAAUUAUUGGUGCCCUUUGGUAUUACCCUUAAACAUUAACUGGUAUUGGUGUUAAUACCCUACUGUUCUUAGUGUUAGUAAACGUAAUAAAACGUUAAUUAUAUUUAGUUUUGAUUAUGUAUAUUAAUAAUUACAAUUAAAUAAUUACAGAAAACUAUGAUAAACCAUCUCCAAGAAGUGAUUUCCAAAAGUGGUUUCCACAUUUAUGCAUAUACAGCACCGUUUACCAUACAAGAGACUUUAUCAAGUUUUUUUAUGAAGAUAAUUUCCUUAGAGAUUGUAUUUUUUCCAGUUUCACCGCGUUUGAACACAUUUUUAGGCAUUAAAACUGUAAUAAAACAUUAUUUUUAUUAAAUUAAAGACAUUAAUAUUCUGAGUACAAAGCUAAACAAAACUUUUGCCGCGAUGACAAGAAUACAAAUGUAACACCAUCAAUUCUUAACAGGCUCCUUCGUCUGGUGUUAAAUUGAUACCAAAAUGGCAUUAAAAAUAUUUGCCAACAACACGAUUAAAAUAAUACCAGACGGUAUGGGCAAAAUACCAUAAUCAUCAGUGAAGGAUGUUAUUUUCCAGUCUUCUUUGAGCUUAAAUCGCUGCGUUUUAUUUUGCCCUAACGUAAUAAGUACAGGUUUUAUCACGAUUAGUUUUAAGUAAAAAAAAAAAAGUAAAUGACCAUAAAUAGAGACAUUUAUAAUAUUUUCUAUUUUCUUUUAUUUUUAACUAAAACUGAAAAUUGUGAACCAUAAUAUAAAAGGGUUUGCAGUGACUUUUAUCUCAAAUCUUUGCGUAAUUGUAUGAUAUACCUUCAACGUUAACCUUCAUUACUUUGGAAUGGUAAAAACCUAAAUUGAAAGGAUUUCACAGUGAAGCUAAUCUGGAAAAUAGAAAAUAGAGCACUUUUGACAAUUCUUUCAAUUUGUAUGUUAACAAUUAUCAAUUCUUUCGCCUUUAAUGAUGUAUCAUUGGAUAAAAACUUAUUUUAGAUUUUGUGCAUAAUUUUCGAGACAUUUUCCAUAUAUUUUUGGGCCAUAGACACAUAAACUUCCAAAAAUGUAUUGUAUUGGCCUAUAUCUUGAUAUAGUCCUGAGUUGUAUAAUGCCACAUACGGUAUAGAUUGGACAGCUAUAUGGAUAAAGUUGUCGUAUAGACCGAUCACUGGGUUAAUGCUUUUUAUGAUUUGCACAUUUGGUUGUGGUAGUUAUUUCAAAUGGUAUCCCAAUUUAAGGUCUUGAACUACUAAAAGAGUUUUUUUUAUCCGAUUUCGUUAAAGUUUACAACAAUGAAUAGUAUUAAAGCCUUCCAUCAUAUGGCAUUAUAGACCAAUGUCCUGAUUUAACCACUUGAUCUCAUAAAUGGCGUAGUUUUAGUCUAUCUAACCGAAAUUAGGAAGAAGGAAAAGGUCCAAUUCUAAAAUGAAAUAAUGGCUCAAAAGUGACAACAGAAAAUAAUGUUUUUACUUCCUGCAUUAGAAAUUAAAUUGUUAAGGAUGAAAUAAAUUUCAAAAAAUUUUUAAAAGUCAUUUGCAAAUGUAAAGUUCGUAGUAAAAAAAAAUAUCAAAAAAAACAAAAAAAAUACGGUGGGGUUAACAUAACUGUUUAUGGACCUAUAUCAUAAGUUGCUGAAGAAGAGUCUCUGUUAAACUUAUUUCGCGGCAUCGUAACAUAUAUUAUAAACGAUGAAUUUUUAUGAGAUUUAAAAUUUUAUUUAAAAAAAAAUUAUAUAAAACGCAGAAAAAAUUAGAAUAUCAUUAUUUAAAUUGAUACGAUACUCUACAUUACACAUUUGAUUUUUUCAGAUAAAUGUUAGUGUUGUUAAACGCUAAAAUAAAAUGCAUCGAACAUCGCAUUUGACAGUUAAGCAAGACACAAAAACAGUGUUGACAUUUUCUAAAAAAGCCACUCUUUAAAAGGCAAAUCAAAAUAAUUCUAUAAAAGAAAUUGACAUUCAAAUAACUAGUUUCAGAAAAAAAUCUAAAUCGUCCGAAGAACUAGGCAAAUGCGAUGCAUGGUGCCGUGUUUAGAAGAUCUAGGCCGCCGAACAUGUCGCGCUUCUGCUUGUUUUCAGAUAGCUGAUAUUUUGGAAUAACAUUCAAUUCCAUUACCCUGACAAUUGAAAUCCCCAUGUUCUUGGAGUCUGGUUAACGAUAAACGCAACAUAAAAUUUCGACUAAAAAAGCCAAUGUUUGUUGUCCUCUAGAGCAUAAAGACUUUGUGCUAACCUUGCCUUGGCAAUCGGUAUCGGUGCGGUAUCUAUGAGAUUUAAAAAUUUUUGCCAACUUUUCAAUUUUUGUAUUGAAAUAAAUGUUCACAAAUUAGGAUGCUUUCGUUAUUGAAUCACGUAGGCAGUUUCAACAAUUCUGAGCAACUGUGACUACGCUUUAGAAGUGCUCAGACCGGUGCAAACACAAGUUACAUGUUUGUAUUUAAAAAGUAUUUAGCUGAACAAAAAAGAAAACUGCUGUGAAUAGGUUAUAGUGGUUGUAAUUUAAUGAAAACACAUAUGUAGUUUUAAGCAUAUAUAUAUAUAUAAAUGCCUACACAUAUAUUAUUAGAUGUAAAAUUUUAAAUUUGUUUUUUAUUUAUCUAAACUCCUUUUUUGUCAAGCGAUAAGAAGGACAAGGAAACAGAAGAAAAUAUUUAAAUAAUUUUUAUGUAAGGAAAAAUAAUUAGAAAAGCAUUGACGGAAACUUCGAAAUAUUAUUAAUGAGACAAUAAGCGAACAUUUGGCAGAGCGUCGGUUAAUUGAUAUAUUCUAUAAUAUGUAAGCUAAUCAUAAAAAAAUAGACCCAUUUUGACGUCCCAACACGGUCACAAGGAGUUUGAGUUCGUUCAUCCAUCUCUCUUCAUUAACAUGCAUCAAUUGUGCCCAAUUGAUGAUGUUCUCAUCAGCAUUAAUUGGCAGCCUUUGCUUUCGAAGGUUGAAUGCAGCCGACUUUUCAACGACGAAUGCUAAACUAAAUACCAUAUAGAAUCAGACACCUGAAAAAAUUACUUUUUGUUUUUCUUGGUUUUUUUUUGGUUUUUAAUUAUAGAGUUUACAAAUAUUUGAUGUUGAUAAUAUUCACCUAAAUGAAUUGCGAGAAGUUUGAAGUUAUGCGAAACCUAUUUAGUUUUAAGUUAUUCUAACCGUAGUCGAGGCUAAAUAACAAUAUUAAUAAAAAAGAUCUACAGUGAGAGCAACAAUUAUAAUCUUAACUCUAAAUAAUCGAAAAAUACAUUGUUCGUUUUUAACUUGUCCCAAAUAAAACUGAAAGAAACACAACAA